ACACGCACACCCUUUAUAUUUCUUUCUUGGCAACAAAGAUAGGAAAAGAAAGGAAACGGAGGGGACAAGCGAAAAAAUAAAAGGAGAGAGAAGGAAGACCGUCGAACUGUUCGGCUGAUAUUCAGAAGACGGAGGAGGAGGAGGAGGAGGAGGAGGAGGGAGAAUAGAUAGAGCGGUAUGGAUGGUGAUGGGCAACAAAGAGUAGGAAGGAUGUCGCGUGGGCUGCUGCCGCUACUGGCGCUACACGUGGCCAACGAGUACCACCGGUUGGACCGGAAGCCACCCGUCACGGCGGGGCUCCUCCUCGCCAACACCCUCAUCUACCUCCGCCCGGGCCCACUCCACCGCCUCCUCCCCACCAUCGACGAGGUCUGGUUCAAUCCCCACCUCAUCAUCAAGUAUGGGGACCUGAAGCGCUUUUUCCUGUCAGCUUUCUAUCAUAUGGGUGAAUCACAUUUGGUCUACAACAUGCUGUCACUUCUGUGGAAGGGGAUCCAGCUAGAGACCUCAAUGGGCAGUAUUGAGUUUGCAUCCAUGGUUGCAGCAUUGCUUGGCUUGUCCCAAGGCAUCACCCUUCUUCUGGCUAAAAGCCUACUCGUUUUCUUUGACUAUGGGAGUGCAUACUAUCACCAGUAUGCGGUUGGAUUUUCUGGUGUUCUAUUUGCCAUGAAGGUGGUACUGAAUGCGCAGUCUGAUGACUAUGCUUAUGUGCAUGGGAUGGUAAUCCCUGCACGCCAUGCUGCGUGGGCUGAGUUGAUUCUCAUCCAGCUAUUUGUGCCAGGUGUGUCUUUCAUAGGUCACCUUGGUGGGAUACUUGCAGGACUUCUGUAUCUCCGGCUGAGAGGUUCUUAUUCAGGCCCUGAUCCACUCACCAUUAUGAUGAGGAGUGUUGCUGGAAUUGUAAGCUGGCCUUUAAGGUUUGUCCGUAGUUUGUUUGAAUUCCGGCGCCGCCGCAUAUCUGGAAGGGGGAGGAUUGGACGCAGUCCAUCGAGGAGAGGUUUAUCUGGUGUUUGGAGAUGCCCGGUUUGUACUUAUGACAAUUCGGCAUGGGUGGAUGUCUGUGAGAUGUGCAGCACAAUGCGCAGGGGUAAUGGGUUUAGCCCGAUGCAUACACCUGAUCGAACCGGCGACCUCUCAGUGGAAGAGCUUCGUCGCCGUAGACUCGAAAGAUUUGAUAGAUGAUUCCCCAGGUAGGUGCUGAUGGCCUUGUAUUCAAGACAUUAAUGCUGGCUUCUUUCAGAAUUUGUUAUCUAACAAGGAGUUCACAGCUAGCGGCUGUUGGAGGCCUCCAGAAAUGGAAUUAGAUGCUGGAAAUACAGAAGUCGUUCUCGCUGUAUUCAUAGAUCCAAGAAUCACAUUUGGACUUCCUUCCAAUUCAAUGAAUAAAUGAAAACAAGGAAAGCAUUUUGUUGGAUCUUAGUUGUGAUUUUAUAGGUAGAAUAGAUUUAUUAGACUGCGCUUAACUUCUUUUCAUAUUGCUUCAUUUUGCUGACUGUUGCAUUCACUGCUUGUAUUCUAUGGCCGCACCUGAAAUACAGCAGCUUUUCGUA